GUUUUUUGAAUGCCCCCUCCUAUGCGCCAUAUACACAGCGCAAAACCAAGGCCCCCAGACCCCCCCCACCACCUACAAUUCUCACUCUCAAAUUCGACAUUCGAAAUAAAAUUAGGCUCGCCUGAAGGGACGAAGGAAUCCAGAUAUGGAUUCCACUCCUCCUCGUGCCCGCAUAGAUCAGUUCUUUUCCGUGAGAAAGAAGAGAAAGAUUGGGUCACCUGCUUUAAAAUCAUCUGGGAGACAAGAAAAAGAAGCCAGAAAGCAAAAUGAAGGAUCACCUACUGCGAAAGGUUCUUUGGAAAGCUACCUCGAGGCUUCAAAGGAUGGUAAUUCUCAUGCCAAAUCACUGAACGCAACUUGUGAUCAGAAGACUAGGCAGGUUCCUGUCAAGAGAAAUUUGACUUUGGAAAGCGGGUUACCAUCAAAAGAUGAAAAAGGGAAGCAGCAAAGUUCUGAAGCUUCUGGAGUUCAUCAUAUAUCACAACAUGAACCAUUGUGUGAUAUUCAGAAGGAUUCUUCCAUAGCUGGUUCAGUUGAGCCGGAUUCUGACCUUAAGGAUUUUGCUACUGGCUUCUUAUCAUUAUAUUGCAGCGAGCUAAAGAGCAGUGCAACUUUGCCAUCAGAAACAAAGGAAGUUAUGAAUAAAACAUAUAGUACCUCGUCUGUGCUUCAGCUAGAGGGGAAAGCACCCAAAGGACGGUGUUGUUCGGAUGAUGGAUAUCAGUCAAACAUUCCGAGUGCAUCCAUUUCCUCUCCCAAAGUCAUCCAUUCUAAAAUGGUCGACGAGUCUCUGUAUAUUGAUUCUAAUUGUCUGCAAAAGGUUACGAUGGGCAACAAUCAUACUGAAACACUAGCCGGUUUGAGAAAAUGCAGCUAUGCAUCUAAUCUAUGUGCAGCUGAAUCCAAAACACCUGGUGCUUUCUCUAUUAAACUUGGAGCUCGAGAAACUCCUCAGUCAACAAGGGGAAGCUCCUCGUUUUCUCCUGGGGAUACAUUUUGGAAUGAAGCAAUUCUAGUUGCUGAUGGUUUAUUAGGUGAAAAUGGUGGUUUUGCAUCUCGUAUUGAAAAUCAUAAAGCCAUGAAGGUUGAUUACGAUAGUAACUGUUCAAAUAAUGUAAAUAAGGAAGGUAAAUCCAAUCUGUUUAGCAGUUCUCUGGAUGGUGUUAAUAAUACAGUUUGUGGUGUUGACAAAAAUUUGGAGAAAGAAGUGUCACCAUUACCUGUGAAGCAUUUUGACUUCAGUCUUGAGACAAAAUUUUCUGACAUGGGGACAUCAGCUUAUGUUAAUAAUAUUAAUCCUGUCAUUUUGUCGAGGACUGAUAAUACUCAGAAUUUUAGUUGCAUGGAAAGGUGUCCCAAAGAUCAAAUAGCUGAAGUUCCUUUGAUUGCUCAAGAAACAAUCCAUGGACAUGCAAAUAUAUUAAGAAAUGAGGAUCAUCUUAAUCAAAGUAGCCACCAUCUUACAACUAAUACACCGGACAGAGCUUAUGGUCAGAUUGCUGCAAAUCACAAAUCUAAAAGCAAUGACACUCCUGCAAGUUCUUCAGUCAAAGAUUGUUUGCAACUCACUACUUGGCUUCCUCUUGAAAUAUGCAAAAUAUACAACAAAAAGGGAAUAUCGAAACUGUAUCCUUGGCAGGUUGAAUGCCUUCAGGUGGAAGGUGUCUUGCAUACACGAAAUCUAGUUUACUGUGCAUCUACGAGUGCUGGUAAAAGUUUUGUUGCUGAAAUAUUGAUGCUGAGGAGGAUUUUAGCUACUGGGAAAAUUGCACUUCUUGUACUUCCAUAUGUAUCUAUCUGUGCCGAAAAGGCAGAACACCUCGAAGUUCUGUUAGAACCUGUCGGCAAGCAUGUACGUAGUUUUUAUGGGAAUCAAGGUGGUGGCACUCUUCCCAAAGACACAUCAGUGGCUGUCUGUACCAUUGAAAAAGCAAAUUCUUUGAUAAACAGGCUACUUGAAGAGGGAUGUUUGUCCGAACUUGGAACCAUUGUAAUUGAUGAAUUGCACAUGGUUGGUGAUCAGAGUAGGGGUUAUCUUUUGGAACUCAUGUUGACAAAGCUUCGUUAUGCAGCUGGUGAAGGCAAUGUUGACUCUCCUGGUGGAGAAAGUUCAGGGACGAGUAGUGGGAGAUCUGAUCCUGCUCGUGGUCUCCAAAUUAUUGGCAUGAGUGCAACGCUACCAAAUGUUGCUGCAGUUGCUGACUGGCUUCAAGCAGCUCUUUAUGAGACUAAUUUUCGCCCCGUUCCGUUGGAGGAAUAUAUCAAACUUGGUAGCACAAUUUACAACAAAGAAAUGGAAAUCGUGAGGACAAUCCCUAAAGCAGCUGACCUUGGUGGUAAAGAUCCAGAUCAUAUAGUUGAACUCUGCAAUGAGGUUGUCCAAGAAGGCCACUCUGUUCUGAUAUUCUGUUCCAGUCGGAAAGGGUGUGAAUCGACUGCUAAGCAUAUUGCAAAGUAUCUCAAGAGAUUUUCUGUUAGCCCUCGAAAUGAGAAAGGUGACUCCUUUGAUGUUGUUUUUGCCAUUGAUUCAUUGCGAAGGUCCCCUGCUGGUUUGGACCCUAUACUAGAAGAGACUCUUCCUUCUGGAGUUGCCUACCAUCAUGCUGGGCUCACAGUCGAGGAGCGGGAGACUGUUGAAACAUGUUACCGCAAGGGACUUGUGCGUGUCUUGACUGCUACAUCAACCCUGGCUGCUGGGGUUAAUCUGCCUGCAAGGAGAGUGAUCUUCAGACAACCACGCAUUGGUCGUGAAUUUAUAGACGGGACAAGAUACAAACAGAUGGCUGGACGGGCUGGUAGAACUGGCAUAGACACCAAGGGAGAGAGUGUGAUGAUUUGUAGGCCAGAGGAAGCCAAGAAAAUACUGGCGCUUCUAACUGACAGUUGUCCUCCAUUACAUUCUUGCUUGUCAGAAGAUAGGAAUGGUAUGACCCAUGCAAUACUCGAGGUAGUUGCUGGAGGAAUUGUUCAAACAGCUACUGAUAUUCAUCGAUAUGUGAGAUGUACCCUUCUGAAUUCUACAAAACCCUUUGAAGAUGUUGUGCGGUCAGCUCAAGAUUCGCUGAAAUGGUUAUGUCAUAAUAAGUUCCUAGAAUGGAGUGAAACAACUAAGUUAUAUACCUCUACUCCCCUUGGUCGUGCGUCUUUCGGCAGUUCUCUGUGUCCAGAGGAAUCACUUUCUGUUGGCAAUCGAGUUGGAGUGCAAGAACCCUUUCUGAUGCGGAUGGCCCAUGGUGCCCCUCUGCGAGGUUUGCGCAGAUCAAGGGAUAAUGUCAAAGCCUUUCAGGGGAAACAAGAUCACCGACAUGGUACAUCAACCCAUGGCAUGCUAUCAGAUGAACAAAUGCUUAGAGUUUGUAAACGGUUCUAUGUUGCUCUUAUCUUGUCACGACUUGUGCAGGAAAUACCCGUGGGUGAAGUAUGCGAAGGUUUUAAAGUUGCUAGAGGAAUGGUUCAGGCCUUGCAAGAAAAUGCUGGAAGGUUUGCAUCUAUGGUUUCCGUAUUCUGUGAGAGGAUUGGUUGGCACGAUCUUGAAGUUCUAGUCGCCAAAUUUCAAAACCGUGUUUCUUUUGGAGUUAGAGCAGAGAUUGUAGAACUAACUACCAUUCCUUAUAUUAAGGCUUCACGAGCUAGAGCACUUUAUAAGGCUGGUUUACGAACACCUCAAGCUAUUGCUGAAGCAUCAGUUCCUGAAAUUGUCAAGGCACUUUUUGAAUCUUCUUCAUGGAAUGCACAUGAGGCACAAAGGAAAAUUCAAAUGGGAGUUGCCAAGAAAAUAAAAAACGGCGCUCGGAAAAUUGUGCUUGAAAAAGCUGAAGAGGCAAGAGUUGCUGCAUUCUCGGCUUUCAAAUCUCUUGGGCUAGACACUACUCAGUUCUCUCGUCCAUUAUUACCGGUUGCUACUGGAAAUGGCCUUAAAAAAGAGUCAGCAUCAUCCUCAGGGGAGGAAUCUAUAAGUAGCUAUGGUCUUCUUCCACAGUCUAAGCAUAUGGUGGAUGCACCCAUUUCUGGGGACAGGGCUGAAAAUAUUAGCGUAAUCUCAAACAUUGAGGAAGACAAACCUGUAAAAACUCUUGCACCUAACUUUGUCUCUUCAAUAAAGGUAAAGUCAGCUGAAACUGCAAAGAGCGAGACUCCACGGGAAACACUUGUUUCAGUUGAAGAAUGUCCUAAUACCCUGAAUCACGAACCAAUUCUUACCAACAAUGACAUCAGUCAUGCAAAUGGAUCCACCUCUAUCCCAUUUGCAGGUGUUGCUAAUAUCAGAAGUCAGCCUGAUAAUGAAAAUCGCAGAGGAGACACUUUGGACAAAGGACCUGUCAAUGCUGCUAGUAUUCCUGGUGGAGUUGAUUCUUUCUUGGAUCUUUGGGAGGCAACUACAGAAUUCUUUUUUGAUAUUCAUUUUACUAAAAAAUCUGAUUUGAACUCAAUUGCUCCAUUUGAAAUACAUGGCAUGGCCAUUUGCUGGGAAAACUCUCCUGUGUAUUACUUGAAUAUUCAGAAGGACUUAUUCCGCUACAGCAGCCAUGGAAAUGAUCAAUCUACUGGCAGUAAGGAUGUUCUGCUAGAAAACCACCGACUGGAAAUGGUCAACAAACGAUGGACUAGGAUUGGGAUGAUAGUAGGUAAAAAGGACAGUAAAAAGUUCACUUGGAACUUAAAAGUUCAAAUUCAGGUGCUUAAGAAUCCUGCUGUUGCUGUUAACAAAUUUAGCAGCUUGCAUGGUGAAAUCAAAAGCUUGGGCAUGGAUCUUAUUGAAAAUUCUUAUUUCAUGUUAUCUGCUGUUCAUGUGAGGGCUGCAAUUGAUAUGUGCAUUGUAGCAUGGAUCCUUUCGCCCGAUGAGGAAAGAAGUUCGUAUCCUAAUCUGGAAAAGGAAGUGAAAAGGAGGUUGACUAGUGAUGCUGCUGCAUCGGCCCACCGGAGUGGUAGAUGGAAGGAUCAGACACGAAGAGCUGCCCAUAAUGGUUGCUGCCGCAGAGUUUCACAAACUCGAGCUUUAUUUUCUGUCCUAUGGAAAUUACUUGAAUCUGAAAAACUCGUAGAACCACUCACGACAAUUGAAAUUCUAUUGGUAAAUGUGCUUGCUGAUAUGGAGAUCUGGGGAAUAGGUGUUGACAUGGAAGGAUGCCUUAGAGCGCGGCAUAUCCUAGGAAGAAAACUCAAGUGUCUUCAGAAAGAAGCUUACACAUUAGCUGGCAAGAAAUUUUCACUAUCAAUGCCUGCAGACAUAGCCAAUAUCCUAUUUGAACACUUGAAGCUGCCAAUGCCAGAAGGAACUAGUGGGAAACAACACCCCAGCACAGACAAGCACUGCCUGGAUAUGCUAAGAAAUGAGCACCCUAUCGUCCCAGUAAUUAAGGAGCAUCGGUCACUGGCCAAACUCAUGAAUUCUACUUUGGGAUCAAUAUGUUCUCUAGCCAGACUGUCUAUGAGGACCCAGAAAUAUACUCUGCAUGGUCAUUGGCUCCAGACAUCAACAGCUACUGGUCGGCUUUCCAUGGAAGAGCCUAACCUCCAGUGUGUUGAGCAUUUGGUUGAGUUCAAAACGAAUGAAGAUGAUGAGGAAUUAGGUAAUGGUCACUAUAAGAUCAAUGCACGUGAUUUCUUCAUUCCUACUCAGGAUGAUUGGUUGCUGCUAACCGCAGAUUAUUCUCAGAUAGAGCUGAGACUUAUGGCUCAUUUCUCAAAAGAUAACUCCUUAAUUAAGCUCCUGACCAGUCCCCAGGGUGAUGUUUUUACGAUGAUUGCGGCGAAAUGGAGUGAGAAACAUGAGUCUGAUGUCAGCUCUCAAGAGAGAGAUCAAACAAAGAGACUGGUUUAUGGAAUUUUGUAUGGGAUGGGACCUAACACUCUGGCCGAGCAAUUGGACUGCAGUCCAGAUGAAGCCUCAGAAAGAAUUCAAAAUUUUAAGAAAUCAUUCCCUGGUGUUGCUUCCUGGCUUCAGGAAGCAGUUACAUCAUGUCAUAAGAAAGGUUAUGUGGAGACAUUAAAGGGACGAAAGCGUUUCUUAGCAAAAAUUAAAUUUGGGAACAGUAAGGAGAAAUCGAAAGCUCAGAGACAAGCUGUGAAUUCUAUUUGUCAGGGAUCUGCUGCUGACAUAAUAAAAAUCGCAAUGAUAUGCUUGCACAAUAUGAUUGGUGAGGAUUCUGAAGCAUCUUGUCCUACUUUCAUAGAUAUGGAAAAAAUUCAGAAUCUUAAAUGUCGCUGUCGGAUCCUUCUACAGGUACAUGAUGAACUUGUUCUGGAAUCAGAUCCUUUGGUUGUAAAAGAAGCUGGCUUGUUGCUGCAAACAUGCAUGGAAAGAUGCGUAUCACUUCUUGUUCCUUUGCCUGUCAAAUUAAAAGUUGGAAAAACAUGGGGAUCUUUGGAACCUUUUGACCCUAAUUCUUAAGAUACUAUAAGGAGCCUAAAUUCUACCUAGCCUUUCUGGAAGGACACCUGUGCAUAUGUGUGGCCUACAUUUCACCCUAAAGGAAACCACACAACAUGAUCCUCCGGAAGAAAAUGACAAACCGGCACACUCCCCGGCUUCACCUUGAGCACCCGAAACGCCACAUGCUUAGGGUUCCACGCUGACGUGUCCUGGUGGCACACCGCCACUGCCGCCGCCUUCGACCCGCUGCCAGCUGUCGCCAUCUCCACCUCAUAUGCUGCUGUCUUCCCUGUCUCGUGGCAGUAAAACACCGGGUACGCGUACUCCUGCCUGUGGCAAACCACAAGUCCUCUCUCGUUCGGCAAUUUUUUCACCCCAACAAUGGCGUACUCCAUUUCCCGCCCACUCUCGGCUUCUGUCGAAAUCGCCUUCACGUCUUUCCCGAGCCUUGAGGUGGCGAAAUCAACCAUGGACUCGAGAGAGGUCGCGCAUACUUUCUUCUCUCCCUCUACUCCUUUCUCCUCACAUUCUUCAAUCGUUUUCUUAACGGUUUCGGCUUCUUGCGAAGCGGGGUUUAGUGAGAACAUUUUAAGUAUCUCGGGUAGUUUGUUUGAGGAAAAGGGCAUCGAUUCUGCCACCUGGCGGGACAAAAAUGCGGGCCUGUUUGUAGUUUUUGGGAACUGCAGGUUCAUCUUGCGGCCUGCGUGCAGAUCUUUCUCGAGGAAGAAUAGGGCCACGUUUGGGUUGUCGUGCAGUUGGGUCUCGGUGGCCGCGUAGUUGUAGAUAAAUGGGCUGUAACCGGGCUUGACCCUGACAUAGACUGGCUUGCCCUUGCGGGUUCGGGUGCCGACAGUGACACCGCCCUUGCCGACGCCGACGUUUGUGCGGUGGCCUGGUUUGCCGGUGUGGACCCCAACGCUGCCGUGGCCCACGUUGACGUUGGUGCCACCUGACUUGGGGUGGCCCGUGCUGACGUGGACACCUCCCUUAGUUACGCCCACGCUCGUGCUCUUGUCGUCUAGCCACUCUGGUGUUAAGAGAUCUUUUACAGCUCUGGGCAUUGGAGAGUUUGCGAGCACUGAUUUCCAGUAGUCUUCUGAAGGCAACUCUGCAUGGCUUCCGACUAGUACACAUGCCACUGAAAAGAGUGCCAAAAUGUGCCGAAUCGUGGACUCCAUUUUUUUUUUCUCUCUUGGUUUUACACGAAAAAAAAAAGAGAUGAGAAGCAGCUAAUAUAUAAGUGGAUGUUGAUGCGUGUCCGGAAUGAACACAUCACCU